AUGUCUGAUGCUAAGCCUCCCUCUUCUCUGUUUCAUCCUUCCCUUUCGGUUUCGAACAUCCGAAACCAUGUCUCUAUCAUGCUGGAAAUGGAGAGCGUGCAAUAUGGGACGUGGGCGGAGUUGUUUAAGAUUUAUGCUCGCUCCCACAAGGUUCUCCACCAUAUCAUCCAUCCACCUUUGGGCAAGGAGAAGCCGACACCGACGACGGACGAUGAGAUUGAAUUUUGGACGACCCUUGAUGCCACGGUUCUCCAGUGGAUCUAUUCGAUAAUCUCCAACGACUUGCUGAACACCAUUCUUGAACCGGAGGCCACGGCCAUGGAAGCAUGGGAAAGGUUGCCUGACAUUUUCCAGGACCAUCAGACAUCCAGGGCUGUUAUUUUGGAGCAGGAGUUCACUCACACUCGUCUCGAAAAUUUCCCGAAUGCGUCUUCCUACUGUCAACGGCUCAAGAACCUCUCCGACCAACUGAAGAAUGUUGGUGCACCGGUGCCGAAUAGCAGGUUGAACGCUGUGAUGAUCGCAGCCGCUGAUGACGCUCUACCACCGGCAAAUAAUACGGGUUCGAACCGUGGGAGAAACAAGGGUAAUAACCGUCACAAUUCCGGCCGGAAAAAUAGGUCUGGUGGCCGGAAUUCUGGUGGCGGCAGAGGUGAUACCGGAGGCAGGGGAAAUAGAUCCGGCGGUGGCCGGAAUUCUGGGGGACAGCACGGUGGUCAGGCAACACAGCACGGUGGUUCUUGGCAAUGGCAGCGGGUUCCAUUUACUCCUUCACCUCCUCCAUGUUCAUAUCCCACUACAUAG